AUGGCAUCUGAUAGUGAACUUGAUCGAAAUGCUAUUUUUGAAAAAUUUGCCUCAAUAAAACGAAUGCAUGAUGAAGUUGGUAGAAAACAAACGGAAGAUUAUCAAAAACGAUUAGAAAAAUUAAAAGAAGAAGAAUCUAAUUAUAUGGCUAAAUUAUUAUCUCAACAAAUUCCAAGUCAAUCUCAACAAGAUGUGCCUAGUCGAGUACAAAAUUCAGCACGUCGUGAUUUAUUUUUAACAUCAAAAAAUGGUAUUAAUCAAUCUGAUGCUCCAUUAUCACAACAACAACAACAUUAUCCAUUAUAUAAAUCAACAAAUCGAUCAUCAUCUCAUCAUCAAGAUUUAUAUGAUAAUGGAGAUUAUGAAUGGAAUAUUGAUGAUGAUUUUCAACCAUUAAAUAUAACCGAUAAUGAAAUACUUGAUGAACGUAUAACAAAUCGUAUAACAAAUGAUGAUGAAGCUGAAGAUUCAUAUAUUACUGCUUAUCAUCAAUUACUUCAAACUCAUCAACAACAACAACAACAACAAAUUAUGGCUCAACAAGAACAAGAAAAUAUGUUAUCAACUAUAUUUGAAGCAUCUUGUGAAGAUGCAACACCUAUGACAUCACUUGUUGAUGUACAUCAACAACGUAUACAGAUAUCUCCACCAUUACCAUCAAUUCGAAUUACUAAAGAUAAUCAUAUUAGUCAUAGUGACGAGGAAGAAGAAGAAGAAGAAGAAUACGAAGAGAAAGUUGUCCGUCCAAUAGCACCAUCAUUUUCUUCAAUUGAUGACAUCCCUGUUUCAACAAUAUUUACGAAAAACGAAAUUCAAAAUUCAUCAUUUACCAAUGAUUCUUCUUCGAAAUUAGCAUAUUCUUAUUCAACUGUUGAAGAAAAUCUUCAAUGUCCUAUGUGUCAUACUCGUUUUCAUGAUCCACGUGUAUUACCAUGUCAACAUAUAUAUUGUUGUUCAUGUCUUAAAAGAAUUAUAUCAUCAAAUAAAUCUUGUACAACAACAAUAGUUUGUUCAUUAUGUUAUCAAAGAUUUUCAUUUCAAAAUAUUGAACAAAUUCCUAAAUCAUAUAUUCAUAAUAAUUUACUUGAUUUAAUUCCAAUUAAUUAUGAUAUUAAAGGAAAUUGUUCAAAAUGUAAAAUAAAUACUUUAUUAAAUUUAUGUCCAUGUUGUGAUUAUUAUUUAUGUAAAAUAUGUUUUGAAAAUGAUCGUAAAAAUUUAUUAAUUAAUGUUAAAAAUAUUUUUCAUAUAUGUUAUAAUAAUCGUGAUCAUCUACAAAAAAUAACAUCAAUAGAAAUAAAUAAUUUAUUAUAUAAAACAAAUUUUUUAUUAAAUAAUUCUCAAAGAAUAGAAUUUAAUGAUAUUGUAUCAAUAUUUUCUGAUUUAAAUAUUAUUUAUCAACAAAUAAAUAAAUUACCAAUAACAAUAACUAAACAAACAUAUGAAAAUUCAUUAGAUAUAAAACAAAUAAAUAUUGAAUCAACAACUUAUUUACAUCAACAAGAAGAACAAAUCAUUGAUGAUGAUGAUGAUGAUGAUGAUGAUAUUAUUUAUAUAAAAACAAUUCAAUCAACAUCUACAUCAACAUUUGAUAACGAAAUAAAAGAUGAAACAUUUAAUAAUCAAAAUCAAGGAACUAAAGAAAAACGACCAUUUUUACGAAAACGUCAAGGUCUUGCUCAUUAUCAAGCACCACCAAAACGUCGUCAAAUGUGCCCAAAAACAACUGAUACUAAUAAUAAUACAAAAACUGAGUCUAUUAAACGACCAACAAGUGCUAGUAGUACAAAUAGUAAUUCACGUUCGACAACAGCAAAUCAACGAACACGUUCUAAUUCAUCAUCAGCAUCUAUGAUAUCAAAUCGACAAACAUCACGUUCAUCAUUAAAAACUAAACCAACUAAACAAAUAAAUAAUAUAAAUACAACAAAACAAACAAUUCCUAUUUCUGCUCAAAGUAAUCUAUUAGGUAAAGUUGAUUUAGAUGAUGAAGAUGAUUUAUUAACAAAAUAUCAAACAAAACAAAAACCAAUUGAAUUAAAUGAUAAUGAUAAUAAUGAUGAAUUUACAUCAACAAUGAGUAAAUUUAAUUCUAAUAUUCAAACAAUGAUUGAUUCGAAAUGGAAUGCAUAUAAAACAUCAUUUCAACAUAAUGAACAAGAACAAGUUCAUGAAGAUGAUGAUAAUGAUGAUGAUGAUUUAUAUUGUACUAAUCGACAACGUACAUCAAGUCGUAGUAAUGCUAUUCAAUCAAAAAUUUUAGUAGUUCAACCAAAAAAAGAUUUAGAUGAGUUUGAAAAACUUGAACAGUAUGCCGAAGAACAUCCAUCAAUGAUUAGUACAGCAUCUUUUGUUGAUAAAGUAGUUUUUAAUAAUGAUCAACAGUCGAAAACAGUGGAUAUUGUUUUUAAUCGUUUAAUUCAUUAUCAUAAAGAAGAUAAUAAUACUAAACAUGAAGAAACUAAUGAUUUAUCAAUAAAUACAAAUCGUAUUCGACAACGAAAAAUUAUACCAUUUAAAAGUAAAAUUGAUACUCGUAUUGAACCAAUAACAACAACAACUACCAUAGCAAGCGAUAAUGAUAAUGACGACGACGACGACGAUGAUGAUGAUGAUGAUGAAGAUCAUAAAUGGGAUGAUAUUGAAGUAGCUAAAGUCAUUCCUGUCGUUACCGAUGAAUAUAAUAGUGAUAGUGGUAUUAGUUCAUUUAAAACUGAUUUUCCUAAACAAACACAAUAUCAACAAAAAAGAGAUUCAGCACGUUCAUCAGAGUUUGGUGAUGAUCAUUCAUGGGCUGAUCGUGUUAAUGCUCCACCUCUUAAUUCAUUAAUGCUUAAUACAUUUCCAGGUUUACGACAUACAGUACCAACAUCAGUACCUGCUCCUCCGCCACCGCCUCCUCCUCCAGCACCAUCUGCAUCUGAACAUAAUCAAGAUUAUAGUCGUUUAGUACGUGAAAAAGCUAAAGAAUUAGAAAAACAAAUUGAAUUAUUUGAAAAAGAAAAUUCAAAAUUACAAUCACUUUGUAAUGAACGUAAUUUAGCUAUAAAAAAAUUAAAACAAGAUCGUGAUGAAUUUGAAAAAAUAAAACAAAAAGAAAUGGAAGAAUUUAAUCAAAUGAAAGACGAUGAAAUAAAAAAAUUAAAACAUGAAAAACGUUUAUUUGAACAACAUCGACAACAAUUACGUGAUCAUCCCGAUAAACAUGAACGAGAAGAAAUUGAAAUAUUAAAAAAACAAGUUUUAACUUUACAAGAAGAUUUAAAACAACGUGAAACACGUUGGUCAACAACAGUCAAUCGUCUAAAAGAACGUAUUGAAACAUUAGAAUAUGAAAAUGCUGAAUUAAAACAAGAAAAAGAUAUUAUUGAACGUAAACGACUUGAUCUUAUGCAUCAAUUACAAACAACUUCUAAACCACAGCAACAAUUACAUGAAGAUAUAUCAUCAUUAUCAACAACAGCAAGAAAAUCACUUGUUGAACUUCAACAAAUUAAACCACGUCCAAAAAGUACUGGUCCAACAACAUCAAAAACUCAAUCAUUACCAAAAACUAUGGUUGUUAGAAAUUCUGAACCACCAAUUAAACCAAAAGUAACAUCAAAUGGACGACGAACACCAACAACUGUUAUUGGUGUCAAUGGAAUUAAAAAUAAUAUUGAUACAUCAAGAAAAUUAUCAACAUUACCAACAACAAAACGUCCAACAUCAAUCAAUGAAUUAACAGGAACAAUCGAAUCAGUACCAAUACCAACAAUUAUUGAACCACCAAUUGUUAUAUCAGAAAGAGCUGAUUCAGGAAAUGGUGGAAGUGAUGAAGAUAGUCAUCGAUAUGAUCGAAAAAUUAAUGAACGUUUAUCACCGCGACUUGAUCGAAAUAGUAAUCCAACAAUCUAUGAUCAUAUUCAUACACAGAUUUCAUCAAAAGAUGGUUUUAUUCGAGAAGAGUUUUUAGCACCUCUUCAAAGUUUACCGGAAGACAAAAAAUAUGAAGUAACAUUUAAUGAUUUAACUACAAGAGAAGACUGUGGAAUGCGAGAUCAAGCUAUUGAGACUAUCGAUCAGGCAAUAUCGAAAUGUAAACUAAUUAAUUCCCAAAUUCGUACAGAAUCACGUGUUCUAAAUAAAUAUACUUUGAAUAGGAAAUACCAAGAUAUUAGCAUUAGUAUACUCCAGAUUAAUUCAAAAAUAAUAAAAGAGUUUAUCAAUCCUGAUAUUGAAAUUCAUGAAGCCACAAAAGAGGAAGCUAUGGUGCUAUUGAAAGAUAAUAGUUCAUUUUUUCAUUGUCAUUUAUUGCAGAACUCUCUAUUUUGGGAUUCAUAUAAGGUUAAUCUGGAAAUUAUCCUUAACGAUAAUGUAGUAAAAAAAGAAAAAAAAGAAAUUCAAAUAAGAGAUGCAAUAGAAAUAAUUGAGAAAGAAAACCAAAAUGCCAGAGAUUCACAAAUCAUAAAUGAAAGAGAAAGUAAUCAGAACCAAGAUGAAAACAAAAUAAAUCGUAUACAUUUUAAUGUGACUCUCAUAUCUGCUAACGAAAUCGCUAAAGUCCUUAUAGACAAUGUAAUAAAUCACGCAAAAUUGACUGUUGAAUUUAUUGACUUAACUGGGUCAAAAGUUUCUGAAAAAGUGAUGAGAAUUAAUUCAGAAAGUAUCAACCUUGCAAUAUUCGACAAAAAGGAACAAUUAUUAAAAGUUAUACAGUCUGUAAAUAAUACACAAGUUAUAGAAUGGUAUUCAUCUGGAAAUGAAGAAGCAAAUUUUGAAAAAAGCAAGGAACUUGUAAAUAAAAUGAUAGCUGAAAAAAGAAUCAAAAAUACUUCAAAUGAGGCAUUACUUAUUGGACUGAGAGGUGCAAACAAAGAAGCAAUAGUUGAUGUCAUUCAGAUUUGUCAACAUGCAAAAUUUAAUAUUAGUUUUAUUGAUGUAAACGUGAAGAAUCUUUUAAAUGGAUUCGAAGAUGAAUUAGUAAAUAUUCAUUUUGAUAAAUUAGAAAAAGACACAGCUAAAAUUCUUAUUGAGCAGCUAAGGAAGAAAAAUCUCGAUUUUGCUUUAACAUUUAAAAAUUUAGAGAAUAACCAGGUAAAACAACUUAUAGGCAUAGCUCCAAUAGAUCAAGAAAAUAUACAAAUAACUAAAGUAAAAAAUCUAAGAGAAUUAUUCAUGAAUGAGUUAAGACCAGAUUUAGAACUUUCAGAAUUUUCCGGGCGAGGUAUCGAGUAUCUAAUUGAAAUUAGCGAAAAGAAACCUAUCCCGUGGUUUAGUAUUGCUGCUGUAACUAGUCUGGCUAUUAUCCAAAUGACAGUAGGCGUAAUUCUUACGACCACUGGAUUUGGAGCUACGAUAGGAAUGGCAUCCAUUACUGAAGGAGCAGCAGAUUUAUUUACUGCUUAUCGAGCCUACCAUACAAGGAAUUUUACUUGGUCAGAUUAUGGAAAACAAAAAGCAGUAAGUCUAAUUAUUUCAGCCUUUUCAAUGGGAUUAUCUGCGAUCAAAGAUGCAAGUAAAGGAAUUCAGACUUUGGUAACAGAGGUAGAAAGAGAAGUUCUUGAACAAGCAGAUGUAAGAAUAAUAACAAACGGGAAAACGGUAGGCCAAGUGUUAGCUGCAACUGGAAAAAAUUUAAAAACCUUAGCUAUUAAACAAGUUGGAGUAAAAAUAGGCGAGAAUACAGUAAGAGAAGGUUUAAAUAAAAUCGCCGAUAUUUCUUCGCAUUUCGUAUUGGAGCAGGUGAAACCACAAGUUUCAGCAUCAAUACAAAGCAAAGUUAGCGAUAUAUUUCGUGAACCUAACCUAUUGAAAAUAGUGCGUAAAAUGUAUGCUUUGGACAAAAUGAACAAAGAGAAAAAACUUGAGAAAACAAUUAACAAAACAGUAGCAGAUGUGAUUAAUCCGGGCCAUAGCUUCUGGCGCGAACAAUCGGAUUCCGUUGGGUCUUCUUUAUGCAGAGGUAUUCUAUCAAGUGCUGAUAGAAUAGGUAGUCCAGCCACCAUGGUUCUCAGAAUACUUGGUACACUGAAUGGAAUGCAUGAAAUUACUUUUAUUAUUGAGAGAGUUCGUGAUAAACUUCUAGAGAAGCUCUCAGAAAUAGAUCAAGAGACUUUAUCAAUAGAUCACAUUUUAAAUCACUACUGUGGAGUCCAAAAAAAACACAUUAGCGAAGUUGUUUGCCUUCUUGAGAGACAUGGAAUAUUAGAUGCAAAAAAGGUAUUCGAUGAUGAACAUUUUUCUGAAAAAUUAAGACAUACUUCUAUAAAUGAAUUUCCUAUGUAUAAAGAAAAGGUUGUAACAUUUUUAAAUUUAUUACAUAAUGUAGAAUUCGAUGACUUGAGUAAAUUAAUGAAAUCAGUAUCAGAUAUGAUUACGGAGCAAAUAUUUCGAAUCAUGGAAUCGCAAUUUAUUUCACCAUGGAGUAGUUAUUGUAUGGGUGCAUUAACAAAAUAUGUUUCCGAGAGAGUACAGGAUUAUUGUAUUGUUGACGAGAGACAAAAUUCAGAUAGCCAAAAUCUGGAAAACCAAGAAAGAGGAGGAGAAAUAUUGAAUACCAUAGCUAGACAAAUUCAGUAUAAUGCUAGAGAUUAUACGAUUGCAUAUAGCCAAUCUGAGAUUAUUUAUUAUUCUAACCAACAAGGACGAAAUGCAGCUACUAGUUAUGAAAUAAUUGACAAGGAAACAAAAAAAUAUAUUGCAAGUAUUAGAGAAGAUAAACCAGCAAAUCUUUCUGAUUUGAUAGCACUCUCUGAUAAAUAUGGUUUAAAUUUAAAAUUAGUCGAUGACGCCAAUUAUCAACCCACAGAAGAAGAUAAGAUAAAUGGUAUGAAUAUAGUCGUAUAUACGAAAGGAGAGAAAGAUGAACGAGGAAUACGUGGAAUAGGAUCCUUUCGGCUCAUGUCAGCAGAUGGUUCUAUAAUUGAUAUUGAAAGUAAGAAUAAUGAUUGCGGCUAUUGUCUUAUUCAAAAAUUACUAAACGAUCAAGGAAUUAAUAUGUUUAUUAGUAGUCUACGUAAUGAGAGAGCCCAAAUAAUGGAAGAUAAUCCUCGACGAUGUCAGAGUAUAUUAAACGCAGAACGAUGGAUUACAACUCAUUAUCCUGAAGAAGCAGCUUCUUUAUUAAUGAUAGGAUCGAACAAAAUAUCGAGACUCUCUGCAGAUAAAAAGCUUAAAACGAUGUCAAACAAUAAAAACAAAACUAUCUUUGAUAAUUUUGAAAAAGGAGUUCAAGAGAUUGAUAGAAAUUCACCAUGUCGACCUUUGCAAGCACAAAGAAAACCUCAAGGAAUAAACUUACUUUUGUCUGCCUGGGCUAUGGCCGAACCUAAUCAAGAUUAUAGUCGUUUAGUUCGUGAAAAAGCUAAAGAACUUGAAAAACAAAUCGAACUUUUUGAAAAAGAAAAUGCUAAAUUACAAUCUCUUUGUAAUGAACGUAAUUUAGUUAUAAAAAAAUUAAAACAAGAUCGUGAUGAAUUUGAAAAAAACUAA